AUGGUUAAAAUAAUAGCUUUGGCAUUUUGCGGUCUUUUGGCUGGGGUUUUGGCCGAACCUCCGGUAGGUUACCUUCCACCAUCGCAAAGCUCGCUAGCUUUUGGAUCGUCUUCGGGUGGUUUUGGUAGCGGUAGGGCAUCGUCGUUUCAUUCUCACAGAAGUGGAUCGAAAUCGUUUUCUUACAAUUCGCAACACGAUGGUGGUUUCGGGUCUGGUGCUGCUGGAUUUGGUUCUUUUGUCGGAUCUCCGGCCGUGAGCUCUUUCGGAAGCGGUGGUCAAUCUGGUUUCGGAGUUUCUCAACAAUAUGGAGUUCCAUCUGUUGGUUCUUCUGGAUCCGGUUUUGGUUCUCUUUCAUCUGGAUCAUCUUUUAGAUCCGGUUCGUCAUCUUUUGGAUCUGGUUCAUCUUUUGGUUCUGGUUCUUCUUUUGGUUCUGGAUCUUCCUUUGGUUCUUCUUCUAGAACUUCUUUUGGAUCCGCAGGCGCUGGUGUUGGCAGCGGAUUUGGAGUUUCCACACAGUACGGAGCUCCGGUCGUUGGAAAUUCUGGUUUUGGAGCUUCUGGUUCUUCUUUCAGAAGCUCAGGAGGAUCUUUUGGAUCUGGUUCAUCUUUCGGUUCAUCUUCCCGUUCUUCUUUCGGAUCUGCUGGUUUAGGCAGUGGAUUCGCUGUUUCUCAAAGAUAUGGUGCUCCAAGUGCUGGAGCCGUCGGUGCUGGAUUAGGCGUUUCCGGUUCUGGAUUUGGAAAUUCGGGUGCAUCCUUUGGAUCAAGUUCUUUUGGUUCAUCCUCCCGAUCUUCUUUUGGAUCCGCUGGUUCGAGCAGUGGAUUUGGUGUUUCCCAAAAGUAUGGAGCUCCAUCUGGUGUAUCCAGCAGUUUCGGUUCCUCAUCUGGUUCUGGUUUUGGAGGAUCUGGUUCUGCAUUCGGAAGUUCAGGAACAUCUUUUGGAUCAGGUUCUUCUUUCGGUUCAUCUUCUCGAUCUUCUUUCGGAUCUGCAGGUUUAGGCAGUGGAUUCGGUGUUUCACAAAGAUACGGAACCCCAUCUUUCGGCAGUGCUGGUACUAGUUUCGGAUCUAGAUUUGGAUCAGGAUCUUCCAGUUUGUUUGGCUCCGCUGGUUUUGGUAGUGGAUCAGGUGUUUCCCAAAGGUACGGAACUCCAUCCGCUGGAUUCGGUGUUUCUUCAGGUUCCGGAUUCGGUGGUUCUUCCGGUUCUGGAUUUGGAGCUUCUUCAGGUUCUGGAUUUAGUGGUUCCGCCGGUUCUGGUUUUGGUAGUUCCUCCGGUUCUGGUUUUGGAGCUGCUUCCGGUUCUAGAUUUGGAAGCGGCUUUGGAGUAUCCCAACAAUACGGUGUCCCAGGUUUCGGAAACGGUUUUAGUGCUUCUGCUGACUCAGUAGAGCCCGCCAAUUACGAGUACACUUACGAAGUACAAGCCGCUCAACAAUCCGGCGUUCAAUUCGGACAUCAAGAAGCAAGAGAUAACGAAUCCGCCAAGGGGGCUUAUCACGUACUCCUUCCCGACGGUCGUACCCAAGUCGUAGAGUAUCACGCCGACGAACAAGGAUUCCAACCUCAAAUUCGUUACGAAGGAACUUCCAACGUUCAAUCCAGCGCUGGAGGAUUAGAGGGACCUUAUUAA